CUAAAAUAGAAAAUGGUUGUCUAUCUAUUGGGGGUGUAGCUGUGACUGUUCUAAGUAUCAAAACUAAGAGAAGUGCACUUUAAUAGUCAAUAAUACGCAUUACGAGUACACUAGCAAGGAGUAACGAUACGAUUUAUCUUGAACAUAACAAAGAUUGAUUAGUUGGGCUCACAAAAUAUCAGUACUGUGCAAACCCCCUCCCCCCAAUGUGAGCUCUCACCCCUUUACCUCAGUAAAUGCUCACUAAAUCGACAAAACUCCCGAAAUGUCGUCUGUAAACAGCGUGGACUCGUUAGGAACGUUUCAAUGGGACAUGUUGGAGUUGGCAGGUCACCUCCGCCAGGAGCGUUUAUUUGUCCACUCUGAGCAGCAAACCCUGCAGCUUCUGAAUGAGAAGGUACUCUCACUCUCCUCAGUUCUAGCUCAACAGGCUUGGAUAACCGAUCAGCAACGAGUGAACCUGAACCACUUGAUAGUGGCUCGACCAGACAGCAGUCCAGCCACCUGUUGCCAGCGUUCAAACGCCUUGGAGAAUUCCCACUUCGUCGAUGGGUUCAAACACUUGAAAUACCAGUCCUGUCUUACCUACGGCGAGUUCCUCAGCACCCUGAGAAAAUCACCAAAGCUUCUGGCCACCUGUCUGGUGGAAGGUGAUAAGCUUAUGCCCGAGGGCAUGCAGAACAUCAUCCAGUCCUUAUCAGCAGGUCUCUACGGUAGUUGUCUCCUCCCCGAGGACAAACUCUUCGUCCUGAAGCUCCUAAGGCACUUGAUGCUCCUGCAGAUUGUCCCCUCGGACAAUCCCAGAAGACUCCUUCGUCAUGGCACCUGCGCAUUCUCAAGAUUCUACUCAGUAUUUCACGAAAGCCUCUUUUCAGCAAAGCUCUUCCUCACAGCAGCCCUCCACGGCCCUAUCACCCAGCUCCUCAUGGAGGACGAGAUGUUCUUGGACAUCGACCCAGACAAGGCUCCCAUACGGUUUCCACCAGUGGAGAGAAUGAAGAAAUUCGGUAAAGAAGGAACACCUGAGUAUCAGUCACGUCUCCAACGCUAUCGCCUGUGGACGAUCAACUCCCUCGUGAGAAUCACCUCGAGAUUUAUCAUCAGCAUCCGUGAGAAUAUGCACUGCUUUCCUACAAGCGUCUGCUGGCUGGUGCGCCAGAUGGCAGGGCUCCUCAGCAAAAAUGGAAAUGUGGAUCAGAAGGAGGUACACGCCAUGUGCACGGAUCUGGUCUUCACAUACUUUGUCUGUCCAGCGAUUGUCAAUCCAGAACCCUACGGCAUCACGGACACACCGAUCAGCUACAUAGCUAGGUUCAACCUAAUGCAGAUAGGGCAGAUUCUGCAAAUGUUGUCUCUCAUGAAGUACCAGACAAUCGACUCCAAAGUCAUCGAUUUAUACAAGAAAUUCGAGAAGGAUGCGAUAUCGUCGAUUAUUGAUUCAAUGCUCGAGGGGACCAGCGAUGAUCUCCACGAGGAGCCUUCAAUCAUCGACAAUACCAAGCUCCAAGGAUUGACUAGGUCGGCUGCUCUGUUCACAGAGGGUGAACUCAAUUCUUUGAUUCAGUUCGUCCAGGCUAUUAAUGGGCGGACUGAGGAGUCUGGGGAUGAUGGGAGCUCCUGUCGAAAAGAACUCGAGGAGAUGAUGUCGCACCUACUUCCGGGAAUUGUGUCUACCAACAAGACGGCCAACAUGUCUCCGGAGACAACUUGUAAGCGAGGGGGACUGUUGGGGAAGGUAUCUAGGGGUCGAGGUGGGCGGUUAUUGUCAGGAGGCUCUUCAGGAGUUCCAGAUGGGGCUGAGGACACCAACGGCGCCUCAGGCCCAGAAGAAGAUUUUCCUGAUAAAUCUCAGGAUGUUCUGGUGAUCCCUUUUGGUCCAGUCGUUGGUGAAUCUGUGGGAUUGCUGAGCGAGCAGAAGAUCCUUUGUAUGGGGAUUCCGAAUAGCCUGGAAUCAGAAACUGUUCGAUUGACUUCCAAUCUUCGAAAUGGAAGCGAGAGACGAGAGUGUACCUCAGACCGAAAUGAAACUCAAGAAAAGAGAACUAGAUUUUCACUGUCCCAUGAUGAAGUCCUCUUCGAGGGAUCAAUAGGCAAUACCUCUGACAAUCUCGAGGCCGUCUCAGAAGCAGCCUCCAAUCACUCAGUGGCAUCGUCGCUGGAGCUGGAGACGGAAGACCAGAAUGACAAUCUCUCAGACAUGGUGUCAGCUAAUGUAUCAGGUAGAGGCACCCCAAACAUAUCAGGAAGGGACACCCCAUCAUCCCAGAUAACUGAGGGAGAUGCAAGACCCCUGGAUCUUGCACGUCCCACAAUCUCCACCAAGCAGUCACGUUCAGAAAUAGACGACAAGUUCUGUAAAUUUGAGAUUAAAAAACUUAUUGAAGGAGACGAGACGAUUUCUCUGGUGUCCGACACUUGGUCGACUGACGUUUUAGCAUCGGAUUCUGAAAUGGUGGAGCAACAGGAGCGGUUUCCCUUCCCUGCACCACCAGCUGUUGAGGUGCCACAGAUGCUGCCAGUACCUCCAGGCCUUCUUGACGUCAGUGAAACAGCGUCUGAAGCCUGGAGUACAGAUGUCCUUGCCAGUGAUUCUGAAAGACUGACUGAAGUCGAUACCGAUGAUACAGCGAGUGUAGCACGGUCUGAUGAUACUGCCAGGUCUGAGGUAGAGGUGGAGAGCCGAGCGGAGCCAGAAGGGGGCGAAGAGCAAUUAGACACCAGUGGAUUUCAAAUUGACGGAGCUGGACCCCUCUUCAGACCCAUUCGAGAGGAUCCCAUUGGCAGAGCUGCUCCAGUCCAGGGGAAUGUUACUGGUCGUGGAGGGACUCGAUCUGACUAUCGUCGUAGUACAAUGGAGUAUGUAGAUAACAAUGCCAACAACAUCAGCAACCUCGAGUAUGGAAAAUCUGUGAAUGAUGAUGGACUGGCGGGACUGAUUGAAAAGCUCCACAUUGAUGGCAAGGGAGGUGGGGAACCUCAGAGCAGUGGUAAACCUCUUCUUCUAAAUGGUGACACCAAGCAUGAGGAUCCUGAACUUGUUGUCAGACUCAGCACAGCGAGCCUCGCUUCCAGCAGCUCUGGCUCGGCCUCCAGCUCAGAUAAAUCGAAGAACAUAACCUCAACUCCUGAAAUACUAGUACCUCGUAUGGUUCACGUGCCUGAUGGCAAUCCUGAUGUGGUCAAUGGAGUCAAGCCCAGCAUAUCCACAGGAGCCAUUCCAAAGAGCAUAAGCUUUGACAUGACUGCUGCCAGGGGGGAUAAGGAGCUGCUGGACGACGAUCAGAAGAACAAACGUAGCUUCUUCAGCAAGUUCAAGAUGUCAUUGAGGAGUAGAAGAGGAAAGUCCUCGAGAGGGGAUGAGCUGACUCGGUGUUACGACGAGACAGACGGCGAUGUGGGAAGGCACAGACUCAGAAGGAUCAUGUCUGAGGACACUUCUGCAAGUAAUAUCGCCAAUGGCGACAGCUCGGAGGAUAUUCUUGCCAAGUACAGGAGGAAACCGAGUGCAACGAGUGAUACAGCCUCUGUAGAGAGCAGCCAGUCCAGGACGAAAGAGGCUGAGGACGAGAGGCUUCUCAUCGAUGUCAAUAAUGUCGAGUUGUCUUUCGCAUUUGCUGAUGCUAAACGCAAGCUCAGAAUGGUCCUGAGCACUGCUGAUCUACAGCACAUACCCUGGAGUGUCUCCUCGGGGAGGAACCCCUGGGUGCAGAAAGAGAAUGAACUUGUGGCGUUCCUACAGCUGCAGCUAGCUGAGGCUAUUAAUCUUCAGAACAGAGCAUUAAUCGCCCAUUUGCACGAGACACUCAGGUGUGUCAGGCUGUUCAAUGACGAGGGCUGCAGGAAAUUGUUUAAUUCCCUGAAGGAGGACUAUCAAAAACGAUCUCCUUACAUUGCCUACCUGAUUAGGUGCAGGCAGGGACUACUGUCCACUCUAGCACAUCUGGAAAGACUUGGGGAGAGGGUCAAGUGCGACAGAGAUGCUAUCAAUAGUCAUCUUGUUGCUGUUUGCGUAAGGGUCUUCCUCGAGAAACGAGAGCACCAGGUGCUCAAGUUCUGCGAUGAAUUUCAGAAGCUCAAGGUCGCUGAUGAGAAGCAGGAUCUUGUUGAUCAUUUUCUGGGGAAAAUGAAUUCGGCGAUGGAGUGCGAACCAGUCUGGCAGGCUGCCAGUGAUGUGCAGCUGGAAAUGGCCAAGGUCGUCGUCGAGAGAACACUCAUGGCCAGGGUUUAUCAUAAUGCACUCUAUCCUAAUGGCGAUGGGGAUGUCUAUAGGGAUCAACUCUUUCAGGAUCAUAUUAAGAAGCUUGCCAAGGUCGUCACACCCAAUCACAAGGAUCUCAGGAUCCCCAAAAUCUAUCAUUAUGAGUGCCCAUGGCCGUGGGCACAGGCGGAACUCGCUGUGAUUUCCGCUUACAAGACGCCCAGAGAUAAAUUACAAUGCGUCUUCAGGUGCGCCACGACUAUCAUGAAUCUCCUCUCCAUGGCCUCUGAGAGGGGCAUUCCUGCUGCUGAUGAUCUCAUUCCUGUUCUGGUUUACAUCAUCAUAAAGGCAAAUCCCCCUUCGCUUCUGUCGACAGUACAAUACGUUGACAGUUUCUAUGGAAACCGUCUCGAGGGUGAGGAGCAAUACUGGUGGACACAAUUCUGCUCUGCCAUUGAAUUCAUUAAGACCAUGGAUUAAUGGUUCUUAUCUGUAAUUUUUAAUUCAUGUACAGGAUACAAUUAGCUGAUUUAUUUGAUUAAUCGAUAUCGAGGUAGUAUUCAUGGAGUGAGUUAACGUCAGUGCGAUUAAUUUGACAAUAUAACUUUGCAUGAAUGUUUCUCCAUCAUCAUAUUUUUCGACUCUGUGCAUUAAUUUACUCUCAGUAGGGGGAGAUAUAGGACAUUUUUAAUUAUGGACUCGAUUAUAUGACUUUUUAAGCACUUCAGAGAUGGAAUCUACGUGCGGCCUUAGGUUUGACCACGAGUGCAGUAUACAGGAUUAUAAAUUAUGAUUUUGAAGAUGAAAAUGGCGUUCACGUAUGAUAAAUUCCUGAUAGGGUUUUAUAAAGGAGAAUUCCAAUAUUUCGUCGCUGGGAGGCUGAACUGAAGAAGCUUUUUUUUUUAACAUAAUUUGGGGAGAUUUUUGUUGACUGAGAUCAAGAUUUUUACUAAAUAGUCCUUAACGAGGUUAAAAAUUUCCUAAUUUGUGACUUCAGGAGAACUUCUACAUGAAAUUUCUUCGUAGAAUAUUUUAUUUCAUCUCUUAUCUUCUAAAAACCCUCCUUUAAAUUUUCCUACGAGAAUAAAUUUUUUUAUGAGAAAAAUUCUUCAGAGAAAAUUAUUUGAAUUUAUCGCAGAAUUUUUUUUAUAAAAAUGGAACUCUUUGUAGACAAUUUGGGCGGUGGUGGGGGGGGGGGGGGCAGGUGGGUUGUUUGCGGUAAUUGCCAGGCGAUAUAAUAUAUAAUUCCAAAAACCAACAAGAACGUUUCUUUUCUUUUCAGUGUUUUUUCCACACAAAAAAAUAUAAUAAUUUUUUGAGCCACAGUGGAAUUUGUGUAAGCUCUUCUAUUGAGAGAAUUUACGCGGAUAAUGCCCAUGAAUUCUCUGUGGAAUCUCCACAAAAUUUUCUGCAGAUUGACGUGCAGAGCAAUAAAGGAAGGAUCAAAUAACUCUUUAAUGAACUUAUCAAAUGAAAUAUUAAAUGAACUAAUCCACGUGCUAUUGGACAGCUGCCAAUCGACCACUGAAAGCCGCUUUCGAUUAAUUUUGGUUACGCACAUCCGAGAGUUUGAGAUUUUUACGAUUACCAAAAUAAAGAGUAAAAGGGGAUGAAAAUACUCUCCAUUGUUAUAACUACUACGAAUAUUCGCAUAAUGACAUUAUCGAAAAAUAUUUUGCAAUAUGAAGUAUAGUAAAUACGUAUACAUAUAUAUUUUUUUAGUCAACAAAAACUGCAAUAUCUUUGAAAUAUCAUAUAUUGUAGAAUAUGCACAACAAAUCAAGGGAUAAGCACAACAAAGUACUCGAGGGAUGUAACAUUCGGGGUAGGGGUAGUAUCUUUCUUUCAUACUAUUGUCAGUUAUUCAGCUGCGCUGUGACGUUUGGCACAAUGUUGAAGAGAAAAAAUACGAACUUUACUAGAUGAUUCUCCUGAGUCUAUUAUUUUUUUCCUGUUGAUUUUCUUCGUCGAUAUAAUCUUUUUCGAAAGUAUACUACAAUAUUAAAAUUUCAACUAACACCACAACAUAUGAACAUGUCCCUCGCAUUGAAGGACAUUAAAUAACUAAAACGAGAACAUCGAAAAACUGUUAAUAAUUGUAAAAUAAAAAUUAUUAUCGUCUUAUUAUUUGAAAUGUGACGGAGGUAUUUAGGUAUUCCCUUGAGAAAAUUUCUAGCGAUGAUACUUGAAUGGGACAGGGAAGCAUUGGAGGUGGUGAAUGUGUCUUUUAGUGUACGUUCUCGAGCAGUAUUUAUAGAGUAAUAUGGGAGGAUAAACGAUAUUCACAUCUGGCUGGAAUUGACAUGGAUGGAGAAAGGUGAUAGAAAUUCCCAGCCCAUCCAUUAGCCAAUCAAUAAAUUGUGUAAAAAAUCUGGCAAUUAAUUAUAAAAAAAUCAUUUUAACAGAUGAUUAAAAAAUAACAAUAAUGAAAAUUUAAUAAAAUUACUUUUAUCGAAUUAUUUUAAUAAUUUGUGUAUAAAAAAUAUUCUUUUACAAUUGCUGUCGAUUUUCCAUGGAUUUUACCACAGAAUUUUCAUUUAAAAAAUACUAAAGAAAUGCAGUAAUGGGAUUGAAAAUAUUUCUGUGAAAUAAGUCUCACAAUUUUUCUUCAUCAUCAAUAAUUAUAAACAAUUUUAGAGACCUAUUAGAUUUUUCGAUUGACGGAGAGAGUAAUAAAUUUUGGAAAAAUUUCUAUUUACUUUUUUCAUACGCGAAAAAUUGUCCGAGAAAGAGGGAUAGGAGUCCGCUGUUAGACUAGGUAAUAUUAAUCCCCAAAAGUUUUUAGCAAGUCAUAUAUUUAUGUAACACAUAGUAUUUUUGCUAUAGGAGUAUUGCAUAGAUGAUCAUUAAAUCCUGUAAGACAAUUAAACUGCGUGCCCCUUAUACUAUUAUUGUGUUUUCAUUCAGAAAGAAAAUUAUGGAAAUAAAUUAUCCAACUGAUAAAAUUUUGUCAUUUGAUGAAUUUGGUGGAGAAAAUGUUUUUUUUUCUUGUAGAUCAUAUUUGACAUAAUUGGAAUAGUUGAAUUUUGAUAAAUCAAUAUUUUAUUUUUCUACUAGAUACUUUAGUCCCUCAUCUACUGCUUCUGUAAGUGGAAAAAUGUUGCUCAAGUCGAAAAUAAAUGAAACAACAUGAGAUGUA